CUUACAUAAAAAAUACACGUAAAGCUAGCUGGCUAGCAGCCCUUAAAUUUUAUAUAAUUGCUUUGAGUUCUUUCAUUUUCCCAUAUUGAAAAAUCAAUGGCUUGUCGAAAUGGGGUUGUGUUUGAAGAUUUCUUUCCCGCCAUGGUUGACAAAUUGGGAGCAGAAGGUUUCAUGAAGGAGCUCUGCAAUGGGUUCCGGUUAUUGAUAGACAGAGAGAAGGGCGUGAUCACAUUUGAGAGCUUGAAGAGGAACUCAGGCCUGUUGGGGUUGGAAGGCAUGAGUGAUGAGGAGAUCAUGUGCAUGCUGAGGGAAGGUGAUUUGGAUGGUGAUGGGAGUUUGAAUGAGAUGGAGUUUUGCACCCUCAUGUUCAGAUUGAGCCCUGCCAUGAUGCAAACUUCUAAGGAAUUAUUGGCGGAAGCUUUAGAUUUAGAUAGUGAAAUGUAGUCUCUCUCUCUCUCUCUCUUAAUGUGGGAAUUUCAUUUUCUUUCAAGUUCUUUCUUCUUCUUGGUUAUCUUUCUAUCUCCAUAACCAUCCUACUUUGCAAUUUCAGGUAGCUUAUAAUAAUUAUGAGAGAGUCUUCUUCUUUA